GCGGCGGCGGCGGCGGCGCCUGCACCAUCAUGGCCUGGCCCUGGAGGCGUGGGGGGUAGCCGGGCAGGGGCCUCCCGCUGCCCCUCCCCAGCCCUGCCCCACCGGGAGGGGAGGCCGCGCAGCCAGGGACGAUGGAGAUCUCUCUGGGCCAGUGGCUCCUUAUCCUCUUCCUGGUGGUGGUCCCGCUUCUGUACGAAUGGAGCGCCACCUUCAAGUACUUCUGCAAGAUGGGCUUCUACAACGGCUACAUCCUCUUCCUGGCCAUCCUCGUCAUCCCGGUCUGUGCGCUUCGCGGGCGCAACGUGGAAAACAUGAAGAUAAUCCGAUCCAUGCUGCUGCAUGUGAAAUACCUGUACGGGAUCAAGAUUGAGGUGCGGGGGACAGAGAACUUCAAUAUCAAGGAGCCUUACGUGGUGGUCUCCAACCACCAGAGCUCGCUGGAUUUGCUAGGGAUGAUGGAAGUGCUUCCGGACCGGUGCGUGCCAAUUGCCAAGAAGGAGCUGAUGUACAUGGGCACGGUGGGCUUGGCGUGCUGGCUGGGCGGCAUCAUCUUCAUCAACCGCAAGAAGACGGACGACGCCAUCAGUGUCAUGUCUGAGGCUGCUCACACGAUGCUGCGCGAGGAUGUUCGGGUCUGGGUCUUCCCGGAAGGCACCAGGAACCACAACGGCUCCAUGCUGCCCUUCAAGCGGGGUGCCUUCCACUUGGCUGUGCAAGCCCAGGUCCCUGUCAUCCCAAUUGUGAUGUCAUCCUACCGGGAUUUCUACAGCAAGAAGGAAAGGCGCUUCGCUACAGGGCGCUGCACAGUCCAGGUCUUGCCUCCCAUGGCCACGCGGGGGCUGAAUGCCGACGAUGUGCCAGCCCUGACGGACCGCAUGCGCCAAGCCAUGCUUGUUGCCUUUGAGGGGCUCUCAGGGGAGCUGGGUGCCCCACAGUGACCCCCUUCUCCCCCCCACUCUCCAGCCCUUGGGAGCUCCAGGGUAGGGACUGGGAGCUGCUUAUGCCUGUGAAGAGCCGUGGAGACGGAGCCAGAACAGAAGAGGGCGGAGCUUAUUCCCAUCAACUGGACCGGGAGUGUCAAAGCUGUGCUACCACCAAGCGUGGAGGGGAUGGAUUGGUGGCGGUGUCUUGCAUGAGGGGUGGGGCUUAACUUGGCCACACCCACAAGGAGCUGCCUAGGGAGAGUUGAUCCCAGCCAUGCCUGUUUCCACCUUCAGUUCUGAAUCGAAAUCCUAGCCCAUUCUUCUCCCCCAUCCCUUUGCCCCUCCUGCACCCCAGGGGUACGUGGCACAGUCCCUCCCUCCACUCCUUGUUUUGUUGCUGUGAACCGUUCCACUUGAACUUCUUGGGCUCAACCACUCCAAUCCCCAUGUUGGGGGGGGGGACUCUUCCAUGUCCUGGAUCAGAGACGCUAUACAAACUGACCCCCCCUCCAAAUUCAAAUGGGGAGAAGCAGAGGGGGAGAUGGAUCCGAGGAGCGUGGGGUCUGGAAGAGGAAGAGUGCUGCUCUGGACGUACAACGGAUUGAUGACCCAGGACUCAUCCAUCCCAGCUUUUUUCGUGAAGGGCGUUUGAGGAAGUAGCCUCACCGACCUCAGUCCACUCCACCCCCUCCCCGAGGGACCCGUCCCUGACUCCGCACGAGAAGGAAGGAAGGAAGCAAGCCCCGGACUUGAACUGCCCUCGUCUCCAGCAAGGGCAGGUCGGAGGGGCUUUUUUGCCUGAAGUGGACCUCCUAGGACCGAACAGAGGCUCUAAUAAAAAGAGAAAAUC